AUGUUGGGAAAUUUGGGUGUAUAAAUAUGCAGAACAACAACUAGUCAGUUGCCUGCAUAAGAUCUAGGCGAGACCUACAUUAUUUAACGGCCUGUAGGAUAAGGAAAAUAUGGGUGAUUUAAUUCUCUAUUAAGUAGAUAGGUCUUUAAGGCUUAAAACAAAUUGAAUAAGUAAAUUGUUGCCUUAAAAAAAAUAAAAUAAGAGAAAGAAGCCAAUGGAGUAAAAUGUGUUUAAGUAAUUAGUUUCCACGUACUGCAAUGAGAGAAAUUCAUUUACUUUCAUCAAUCAAACAUGAAAAUAUUGUGAGUUUUCAAGAAGUUGUCAUAUAAUCUAGUAAGGAAAAAGCAGUAAUUAUGGUAGAGAGCACUUAUUUAGUCCUGGAAUACAUGGAUACAGACUUACAUAAUCUUUUGUAGAGACGAAUAGGUUUUAGUUUAGAUUAAGUUCGAUAUUUGAUGUAUUAAAUACUUGAAGCUCUUUCUUAUUUGCAUUCUAGGAAUAUAUACCAUCGAGAUUUGAAGCGUAUCCACAACUAUAUUUUAAAGCUAAUAACAUAUUAUACAAUGGCAAGGGAUAAGUAAAGAUCUGCGAUUUUGGAAUGGCCAAUGAAUAUUCAAAAAAGAGACCAUAAACUAAGCGAAUAUUGGUACCCCAAUAUAGAGCUCCUGAAAUCUAUCUAGGCGGUGUAUUUUGCUUCGUAUUUAACAAGAAUAGCAAUAUGAUUGUUCGGUUGAUGUGUGGUCAGCUGGCAUCCUCUUUCUUGAGUUAAUUGUAAAACAAAGUCCCUUUAUGUUGGCAAAAUCUGAAUCUCAAUGUUUUUAAAAAAUAAUUGAUCUUUGUGGAACUCCUACAGAAGGUUUGAAUUUUAUUUUUUCUUUUAUGGUGAUUGGUCAGAUGUGAGUUCACUUCCACAUUACCAUGAAUUAAUAAAUGAACCAAAGGAAAGAACAUUACGAAAGUACUUGCACGCUUAUUCAAAUUCCAUGCCUUAACUAAUUGAUCUUAUAGAUAGAAUGCUGACUCUGAAUCCAGCAAAGAGAAUUACUGCCAAAGAAGCAUUGAAACACUAAUACUUCCAAGCAAGAAUCUUUAUAAUGUGAUUUAUUAUAUCCUUAAGGCAGGAUGCCCAUAAUAGAAUAGGAUGCAUAGACACCAAAAGAUCCUCCAAUUCAAAAGAAGGUUAAAUAGGAGCAACAUAAACCUUUAUUACAGGGUAUCAAAAUUAAUAAAUGUAUGUGA